CAGGAACAAGAUUCAGCUACGCAGUCCGCUUUCUCAGCUAUGAACAUAAUGAACACAAAGGACCCAAGGAGAAAGCAGCAGGCGAUUCGACUGGUGGCUCAUGAAUGCAGGCCAGAAGAUGCACAAAUGGUCCUUCCAGAUGAAAGAUGUGCGGACAAAGGUGGAUAUCUGCGACAGACACUCGUGACCGGUUUCAAAAGAAAGCGAGAACAAAACAGCGAAGAUCGAGCUACCUGUACCUACAACCAUCUUCUCCAAUCGGAGUGGCAGAAGCUGAGUAACAUGCCAGAAGCAGAGCGGAUGCAACUGGGAAGAUUUCUAGAACACCCCGAGGUCGACCAGCUGGACGAUAGCUCUCCGCCAUUUCGCUUCUUGUAUCUAACGAUCGGUAGCUCGCAAACACUCAUAGACUUCAGCGACCAAUUGCGAGUUGCCAGAGAUACACAAAAUAACUCAGGGGAGCCUACCUGGUUUCCUUCAAGCAUUUCGGAGACAUUCGACAUGAUAUGUCGCCUCGAUUCCGAAGAAGCCACCUGCCUACUCCUGAGGCGCUAUCAUGCCAUCAAGCUUUUAGAAGAAGAGAAAGAACAUCACAGUAUACAUAACGAAGGUAUAAUCAUUGAGACGCCAGAAACGAUGAUUACAGGAGGCCCAACUCAGAUGGGAAAUCCUGCUGUGAUUCGAGAGGCUGCACUCAUAGAUAGGCAGACGUCAAAGAUCAGGCCGGAUGCGCAACCACGGUCAAAGGAAUAUCUUGCGAUUCGCCGAAAAGUAAAACGAAUUCGUCAGCUAGCAAAGCGCCUGCAGAGAUUAACCGACCUUUACGGCAUAGGUAUACUUGCUCUUCUUCCAUCUGGGCCAUCAUUCUCAGGCUUCUCCUUAACUGAUACCAUAUUGCUAGCUAUGACCGAGCAACGCUUUAGUCUAUUCACUCGGUUGCUACAUCAGGAGCAGGGUCCUCUUCUAAAAGGGCUGAGUGAAGCUGUCGCACCAGCUUUGACAACACUAGCAACGUUUCGUCUUGGAUAUCAGACAGAGUUUCCCUUUCACAACACGGACUUGAUGAGACUCAGAGACGUCCCAAAAGCUGCACUGAACUUACAAAUCAGCUCUCCAUAGCUUGGAAUAGCUACUCAAGAUGCUGCAAUCGCUGCCUUCUCUCGGCUUUUGGCAAGGCUCCAUACCUACUGGGCAGCACUCUGAACUCCACAAAAGCCAAUCGCUGAUGCAUCUUGCGGAUAGUACUGCGGAGUCGAACACUCUGACAUGCAAGAUCUUGAAACCUACACAAAAUUGGCCUUUUUUGUCAUAGUCAGUACGCGCCACUGGGUUAGGAGAAGGGUCUGAUCUCCGACAAGCAAAGCUUUGUUGGGCGUGAUGGCGCCUCGAUCGCAGGUCGCAGGAUCCAGAAAAGAAAACACACAGUGCACAGUGAGCAGGCUAGCGCAGCUGAAUUCACAGAGAACAUUUUUCUAGCUGGGAGAGUUGCUCGAGCGAGGGAACGCAUGAUACGACUGCAUUUGGUAACAUAUAGGCUUGAUGCGCCGAUUGAGU